AUGCAUAAAGUAGCUCAAGCAAAUAGAGAAGAUGAAAAGGAAACGGAAAUUGGAAAACCGGAUGAGGCAUUCGAUGAUGAAGGAGAACCAACUACAGAAGAGGUUGACACUAUUGAUGUGGACAUGUUAGAUGAUGAACAUGCCACUCCAGACACAGAAAAGGAGAAACUGGAUAAAGAAGAAGCAGAGAAGAAGAAGCUGGACAAGGAAAGGGCUGACAAAGAGAAACCGGAAAAUGGACCUACUACACCGGAUGAGAUUGAAGCUUAUGAAGAAAAUGAGCAAGCGAGAGUUAAGCUAGCUAAGAUGCGGGCUGCUAAAGGCGAUACUAAAGGUAGAUAUGAGAACUUGAGAAUGGAAGAAGAUGAAGAUAUAACAAGCUAUUUUCAUAAAGUUGAUAGUGUAGUAAAUGAGAUCUAA